AUGAGCGAAGUUGAAAAUUUGAUGGCUCUAUUAAAAAUACUUCAAUCUUGUGAAUGCGAAAAAGACAUUUUUGAUCUGGCAGUUAAAAUUGCUCCUAUGCAACCAGUUUUAACCUAUGAAUCUGCACGAUUAUUAACUUUUGCGCUAAAGGAACAAAUUAAUCGAAAAAGACAAGCAUACAAAACACUAAAAUCAAUUAUAGAGCAGAAGAAAAGCCUUAAAAAAGAUUAUAAAGUCGGAAAACUUGUAGAGUCGAACGUUCUUAUACUUCAGCAAGUAGUUCAGUUGUGUACUACUGCUAUCAAUACUAUAGAUAACUAUUUGAUUCCACAAAAUUCACAUGAUCCAAAAAUUACAGCAUUAUUAAAUCUAACUUUUGGAGAUCUUUUAAGAUAUAAACUAGAAUGCAUUAAAAACGAAAGUGAAAGGAAAAAUAUAUUAAGAGAUGCUAAUUUUAGAUACCAAAAAGCAGAAACACUUGCGUCUGAAAAUCUACAGAUUUUUGAUCCAUUAGUUGUCACGAUUGGAUUAAAUUAUGCAAUAUUUCUAUAUCACCAGCAGCAUGAUAGACAAGGAGCUAUCAAAAGAGCCCAGAAAACUUUGGAAGAUUCCAAGAUGAUAAGGCCAGACAAAACUGAUGAUUAUCAGGACUGUAUGCGUCUUCAACAAUUACUUAAGGAUAAUAUUAAUCAAUGGACUCACUUCGAAGACUAA